AUGAGUAACAAUCAACAAAACCAUCGUACUGGCGCAUCGGCCUCAACUGCAUCAACGUCACAUGGAAAACGAAAAGAGUACAAUAGACGAUACUACUUACAGAAAGAUAAUACCAAAGAAGCAAGAGUUUGUAACGGCAAUGCCUCUCAAAGCAAUUCAUCUGUACCAUUUAGGACUAAUCAGUCAAAUGAGAGGACGCCGCUAAGCACAUUACAAACUAAUAAUCGUGGUCACGCUAUACGAAUGAGAAAUGAGCCUGUCUCAUGUACUUUGGUCAAUGCAAGAAACGAGUCUAAUAGACAACGUAUUUCAAAUGGUGGCCCGAGUACACAGAUUUCGACCGGUGAUCAACCGCCCAUACGAGACGAUACCGUAGAACAUGAUCCAUAUAAUUUUGUGUACGAUGGUUUACCUAGACAAUCUCUCAUCUUAAAUGAACGCAUUCCAUGUCCACAUUGUGGAGCAAAACGAUUUAAAUAUGAAUUCCCUACCUUUUGUUGCAUGAGUGGGAAAACAAAAUUAGCAACUUCAGUAAUUCCGGAUGAAUUGUACCUGCUCUUCACAUCCCAAGAUGAAAUUGGGAAAAUGUUUAGGACAAAUAUACGUGCUUAUAACACCAAUUUUUCUUUCGCCUCGAUGGGUGUGACAUUGGAUGAUACGUUGGCCAAUAUGAGAGACGGUGUAUAUACUUUUCGUGCACAUAAAGGAAUAUAUCACAGAAUUGACCAAUUAGUUCCCAGAGAUGGAACACCUAGGUACUUACAGCUAUAUUUUUUUGAUCCUGACACUGAGUUAGAUCUUAGACUCCAAUGGCCAAAUCUUGAUCGAAAUAUUACACAAACGUUGGCACGUGUUCUUUCCAGCAACCCUUAUGUCGAGACAUUUCGAAGUCUUGCGGAGCUAGGUCCUCUAGACAACUAUAAAGUCACUCUGAACGCUUCAGUUGAACUUGACCAGAGGGUGUACAACCGACCAACCACAUCUGAGGUUGCCGGUAUUUGGGUUGAAGGUAAUGACAAUAUCACUGCCUACAAAAGAAGUAUUGUAGUGUACGGUAGGUCUGAAUACCCUCAAACUAUUCAGCCGUACUAUGGAUGUUACGAUCCAUUAUCGUAUCCUUUAUUCUUCCCUAAUGGUGAGGCGGGUUGGCAUCCUAACAUACCACGUAAUGGAGUAUCAAUCAAUAACGUUCAUAAUGAUUACGAUGACAUCGACGAAGACGCUGAAGUGGCUAACCCACGAGGGGGUAGGACAACCGUAGCUAUGCGAGAAUACUACUGUUACAAGUUUCAAAUUCGCAGUACGGAGAACGUGCUUUUGCUUGGCGGUAGAUUGCUACAGCAAUUUGUUGUAGAUGUCUAUAUAAAGCUUGAGACAUCACGUUUACAAUUUUGUGAACGAAACCAAAUUAAGAUACGAGCUGAAUUAUAUCAAGGUCUUGUGGAUUGUGUCCAUGCAGGUGAGGUGCGUCCUAGCAGAGUCGGUCAACGUAUUGUAUUGCCUGCGUCAUUCAUUGGAGGGCCUCGUGACAUGCGUCGACGGUUUCUAGAUGCUAUGACUUUAGUGCAAGAUGAUGGAAAACCUGAUUUAUUCCUUACGAUGACGUGUAAUCCUCAAUGGCCAGAGAUAUGUGAUAAUUUGAAACCUGGUCAAACCGCACAAGAUCGUCCAGAUCUUGUUUCACGAAUAUUUCGUGCUAAAUUAGAGGAUCUUAAAGAGCAGCUCUUCAAGAAACAUUUACUUGGAAAGGUUCUGGCAUACGUUUAUGUCAUUGAGUUUCAAAAGCGUGGUUUGCCGCAUGCACAUUUCCUCCUUAUCAUGCACCCGCCAUACAAGAUUAAUAAUCCAGACCAUUAUGAUAAGGUUGUUUGUGCUGAAAUUCCUGACAAAGAACGACAUCCACAACUACAUGAGGGUGAUCCAAAGGUAUGUCGCUUUCAUUAUCCUAGACAGUUUAAUGAGCAGACAACACAAGGAGAAGAUGCAUAUCCAUUAUACCGAAGGAGAGACACUGGAAUAACGGUGGACGUACGAGGACAAACUCUUGAUAACAGAUGGGUUGUCCCUUAUAACCCAAGGCUUUUAAUGAUGUAUAAUUGCCACAUGAAUGUCGAGGUUUGCUCGAGUAUAAAAUCUGUUAAAUAUCUGUUCAAAUAUGUAUACAAAGGACAUGACAAACAGGUUAUUCAUGUUGAUCCAGACGCACCUGAUGUUAUUAUUAAUGAGAUAAAGAGAUUUCAGGAUACACGCUACGUAUCCCCCCCGGAGGCUAUGUGGCGUAUUUUUUCUUUCCCUCUUUCUAAUAUCUAUCCUGCUGUUUUAGCCUUACAACUUCAUCUCCCGAAUAAGCAGAUGGUUAGAUUUAGAGAAGAUUAUUCUAGGUUGGCAAUUGUUGAUAGGGAAAGAGAUAAAAGAACCAUGCUGACUGCAUUUUUUGAGUAUAACCAUGGGAAUGAACCGUCAAGGCAAUAUUUGUAUAAGGAUUUCCCGAAACACUUCACAUGGAACGCAUCCUCACGUUGUUGGUGUCCUCGUGCUACUAGGCCACAAAGAGGUCGUAUUGUUAAUGCCAAUCCAGCCGAAGGGGAAAGGUACUACUUACCCCUACUCUUGUGUAAUGUCAGAGGACCUACUUCUUUUGAAGAUCUUUGCACGGUUAAUGGUAUUAAGUACACGUCAUUCAGAAGAGCAGCUCUUGAGGUAGGCUUGAUAGAGAAUGAUAAUAGUCUAUCGCAAUGUCUCACAGAAGCGUCUCUAUUUCAGUUUCCCAAUGCUCUUAGAAGGUUAUUCGCAACAAUAAUGAUUUUCUACGAACCUGGUGAUAUUCGUAAGCUGUGGAAUGAUCACUUUGAUGCACUAUCUGAAGAUCACAGGUUACAAUGUGAAAGUUUGGAACACGUUCAAAAUAUGGUUCUUACUGACAUCAGUGUCAUCCUACAAUCUAUGGGUAAAAAUAUUGAUGAUUUCGAUCUUCCGAAAAUAACAGAACUCAACUUACAACAUCCAGUUCAACGUGAGGUGCAAGAGGAGUAUGGGAUAGUUGUGGAACCUGAACACUUAUCUGCCAUAGAUGAACUUAAUUCAGACCAAAGAAGAGUGUUUGAUGAGAUCAUGGCACAUUUGGAUAAUAAUCGUCCAGGUGUGUUCUUUAUAGAUGGUCCGGGUGGAACGGGAAAAACAUUUCUGUACAAAGCUUUGCUUGCUCAAGUACGUUCACGUGGUCUUAUUGCUCUUGCGACAGCUUCAUCAGGUGCCGCCGCUAAUAAUAUGCCAGGUGGGAGAACGGCUCACUCGAGAUUCAAGAUUCCCAUUUGUGUCAAUAACAAUUCGAUGUGCAACAUAAAAAAACAAAGUGGGGUAGCUGAACUAAUUAGGUCCUCAAGGUUAAUCAUAUGGGAUGAGGCAUCAAUGACAAAACGUCAGGUGAUAGAGGCAGUCGAUCGAACAUUGAAAGACAUUAUAGGUGUUAAUCCCCCAUUUGGUGGAAAGAUAAUGGUUAUGGGGGGAGAUUUUAGACAAGUGUUGCCGGUUGUUAAACGCGGAACUAGAGCACAGAUUGUAGACUCCAGCCUGCGGAUGUCGCCUCUUUGGCAUUUGACUAAAAAGAUGUGGUUGACGAUAAACAUGAGAGCGCUAAAUGAUCCGUGGUAUUCUGAUUUUCUUUUAAGAGUCGGUGAUGGGUCUGAAGAAUCGAUCGAAGGAAGCUAUAUUCGCAUACCAGACGACAUGACAAUUCCUUUCAGUAUUCCAGAAAACUCUAUAAAAGAAUUGAUCAAUGCAGUCUUUCCGUCAAUUCAAAGUAAUGUAUAUUCUUCUGAUUAUAUAAUCUCUAGAGCAAUAUUGUCCACUAAAAAUGACAGUGUUGACGAGAUCAAUGAUCAAAUGAUUGACAUGUUUCAAGGGGAUGAAAAGGUUUACUAUAGUUUCGAUGAAGUCGAAGACAAUCGCCACAACUUCUAUCCGGUCGAGUUCUUAAACUCACUAACUGUUAGUGGCUUCCAGCGUAAUGUUAUUGAUGCAGAGAUAGCUGUCGGGCAACAUGCCGGAAAAAGAGUAUUUUUGCCAAGAAUCCCUUUGUGUCUUUCUGAAGACGACAUGUUCCCGUUCAAGCUAAAAAGAAAACAAUUCCCCAUUCGACUUAGCUUUUCCAUGACAAUCAACAAAGCUCAAGGUCAAACAAUUCCGCAUGUUGGUGUUUAUCUUCCGGAUUCAGUAUUUUCGCAUGGACAACUUUAUGUCGCUUUAUCAAGAGGGAUAUCACGUGCUAAUACAAAGAUUGAUUAA